GUGGUGCUAGUUUUUGGCAUCGUCUUCAGUUAGAUCUUACACAGAGUUCUUUCAGAAACAAGGUAAAAUGGCGAAGUGUUCUAGUGAAGUAGCAGUACUGGUUGUAUUGUGUCUUUUCCUAGUGGAUCUAACUAAAGGUGAAGGUCAGAAAGGAAAAUGCCCCGAAGAUUACCGCUACAGAGUUGAGACUUGUGUUAUGGAAGCCCAGGUGGCCCCACAGGCGGGUGGUGGUCUCCCUUUAAUAACAGAUGUCAACAAGUUGGAGGAACUAUGCGAACGAGGUAUCCUUCAGAAGACCAUUGAUUGUCUCAAAGACCUACUGAAUCGCUGCUCUGAGAAUGUCACCCAAAGACAGGAGUUAGAUAUGUUGUUUAGUGUCGAGGAGUGGAAACAAGGGCAACAACUACUGUGUGAAGAUCUAAACCGUAAGUUAGUUUUCAAAAAUCAUUUUGACUGUGUCUCAAAGUUUGGUUCCAAAAUAUCUCAUUGUAUUCUGGUCAGGACCCAAAACUUCAGGAAAGAAAUCACAACUGCUGGCAUUGUUCACCACAGAAAACUACAUGAUAUCACUUGCAAUUUUGCAGAAACUAUUGUGAGUUGCUUAGAGAGACCACUUGCUCAUGCCUGCCCAAUUCAAGUUGUGGAUACAAUGGUUAGUGCACUUCACAAGUUUCUGCCUCCAGCUUGUGCCCCCGUACCAACACUAGAAAACCCAGAAAAGAGACUUUUUCCCAAACGACAGGACCCACUGGAUGACCCAUUGGAACCAAUUAUAUUUGAGACUGUUAUAGUGGAAGGUGGUGAGGCUGAAAAUUAAUUCAUAAUAACACUUUGACCUAAGAGUAACUCAGGUCAAGGAUAAGAGUGGUUACAUUAUUUUCAACAUCAUAAUUAACUGCCUGACUGGAAUACAAAAGAACCAGGAUUAGUCCUGGAAAGAAUGUAUUCUGACAUUAAAUUAAACAUUAUAUACAAAGACACUAGUUAUAGAUUGUAUAGGUCAGGUUGAUCAAUGCUGAUAAAAAAGAAAUGUAUCAAUCUUGUUUCUACCUUACAAAAAACACAUUUAUUGGCUUGUUGCCUUUAAUACUAGAGGUCUACAUGGUCUAUACUACCACUCACCAUAUGUUAGAGGUCUACAUGGUCUAUACUACCACUCACCAAAUGUUAGAGGUCUACAUGGUCUAUACUGACACUCACCAAAUGUUAGAGGUCUACAUGGUCUAUAUUACCACUCACCAAAUGUCUAUAAAAGCUCAAGCUUUCACGUUUUGAAUAAAAUGAAUGAGAACCUCACAUA